CCAGAAUCCAGGUCAGGAGCGCAAUAAAAAAACAGCAAGGGCGUAGAAAAAAAAAGCGCUAUCUUCCCGGGAGGCGGCGGAGAUUCUAGUGAAGUCAGCCGGUAUCAAAUUGGCGACCGGAUUUCCGACGGUGUUGGACAUAAUAUGGCGGAAAGACUCUUCACCAGAAGCCCAGCCCGUUGAAAUACGCCGGGCAGUUCCCGGCGUCUGCCCAGAAACGCACCCGGACGCGCUGCGCCUGUUGAUGUGAGUCCAGCGGAGUAUGCCGAAUGCACACCCGUGGCGGUGGCCAAGGCGGCCCCGCUUAUCAGCGCCGGCGCGUUCUGGCCCGGACGAAGAUGGUGCCUAUUUCGCUCUGGAAAACUGCGUGGCGCAAGCGGCCGGCGAAGUUUCUCGAAAGGAGGCCAGAAGCGCCAUCGGGAAACGACGCGGGCGCGACAUUAGUGCGCACCGCUUAACAAAAGCGACGAGCUUGCUGCUGGUGCGCAAGCGGGAGCACAGGGCGCCUCUGAUACUUGCCGGAGGCCCCCGAGCGGUGCGGCUUUGGCUGUGCUCCGGGUGGGCAACCACCCUGGCGCAGCGACCGACGCCAGCCCCCGGCCCGGUUGCGCGCGCCUGCGUUUUCCGGUCCCUCCGGUUGCGCGCGCCUGCCGACGCCUUGCAGUUGCGCGCGUGUGUGUUUUCCGGCGUUGCGCGCGCAGUCGGGCGCCCCGGCAGCGCGCCCAGCCACUUGCCCGCGCUCCAACCAUCUGCGCCCCACGCGGUCCGCGAGCGGCCUUGGGGCCGGGCCAUCGGUCUAUGUGUUUGCUUGCUUCGCCCCGUGGCCUCGUCUGCCCUGGCGGGCUAGCUGGGUUGGUUUCCCCUGCCCCAUGCAUUGCCGCGCCGGGGUGGGGCGAGCGUUGAUAGAUUGCAAGAGAAAACUUGCCUCGCGAGCUGCUAGCGGGCGCGGCUUCUGCAACUUCCAUAUGGGGGUGGUGCCGCUGCGUGGGUUGCUGCUUGGCCGGGUCAUUGCGGUGCGCGCGGUCUCACUCGGCCGAACGGCCGCCGCUCGUUUCUUUUUUUUAAAAGUACUUCGCCCGUCGGAGCGUGCAGGCAGCCAGAUCUGGUUCCAACC